UCGCAGAUUUUAAAAAGUGAGAGAGGCAGGCGGCAGGAGUUUGGCGUGAGGGGAAGCAGCAGAAGCAGAAAAACAAGCGCUGACGCGGGGAGCGAGCGGCCGCAGUGACACUGUGAGGGUUUUUCCCCACACACAGACGCGCACACUCGUCUUUAACUAUUUCCUUUAUUUUUGCACUCCGACAAAAGAAAAAAAUUAUAAUAAAAAAAGCAGAGAUCCAGUUCGCGUCCUGUUCAGGAGGUGCGACCCAGCGCUCAAUGAUGGAGCUGUCAUCCAUUGGAGAUCAAGUGUUUGCAGUCGAGUCGAUAACAAAUAAGAGGGUGAGAAAGGGUACUGUGGAGUAUCUACUGAAAUGGCAGGGAUGGCCCCCGAAGUACAGUACCUGGGAACCAGAGGACAAUAUUUUGGACCCUCUCCUGGUCCUGGCCUACGAAGAGAAUCAGGAGAAGAUAAGAGCUCUGGCCUAUCGCAGGAAAGGUCUCAGACCGAGGAGGCCCGUCCUGCGGAACGUUUUUGCCAUGGACCUCCGCAGCUCCCACAAGAUGGUGGAGAAGCCCCCGCCUCGCAUUCGCCUCUCCCUCACCAGGUCCAUGAGCACGGACGUGGACCAGGUUGAGCGCGGCGGCAUGUACCGGCGCCAGGCUAGAAGGAACGGCAGGCAGAGGGUGCCCAAGGGAAACAAACACAUGCGUCUGCAGAAGAAGAAGGUGGAGCCCAUGGAGGAGGAUUGGGGUGGCACCAGUGAAGAAGACAAGUCUGAGAGUACUAUUGAGGAGAGAUGCGAAGGCAGUUUAUAUGGUCUGUCAGAGUGCAGCUCCCCUGCCUUGCUCGAGCGACAGGACCUGGAGUUGGAGGUGGAGGAGAAGGUGGAUUCUGACCUUACUGUGGUAAGCUCACAAACGUGGAUUGGCAUAUCAAGUGAGGCCAAGUUCAGUUUCACACAGAAACAACCACUUGUGUACGACCAAUCAAAGGACAGCGCCUCGGCAUCUGAGGCCAGACCGGGCGAUGCGGUUUCUGUGGGUGACGGGCCAGAUUCGGACAGAUUCGAGGAGGGCGUGGAGUCAGGUCCAGAGAGAAGCAACGCGACCUCAGUGAUAGUGAGCAUCCAGGGGAGCAGGGAGACGGCAGGUGACGCUGCCGCUGUCUGCUGCCCGGCUGAGGUGAGGAAGGAGGAAGCAAGAGGUGACAACCAGAGCGUUGCCCCAAAGACUGCCCCCACAGCAGCAGCAGACCACCCGGAGACAGUGAUCGUGACAAAAGUAACUUUAAACUCUGUGACGGUGACAUUUAAAGAAGCGAAGGUAGCCGAAGGCUUCUUUAAGGGCUACUGAACGAGGAUGAAGAGAAGUGGAGAGAGAGCUCAAAAUAACCAUAAUUAGACUUGCCACUCAUUUUGUACAUGUAAAAUGAUUGUGUAAGUAAGAAACGCUACAUGUUUACAAAGCUACACUCAUUUACCACUGAGUUCAGUAAAGAUUUUAUUGCCUUUGCAUUAAAAAUGAGUGGUAAUUUUA